AUGCCAAAAGAAAAAGAACUUCCAUUAAUUUUGUAUUUUUAUGAAAAGGACAAAAGUGUUUCGCUUGAACAAGUUUUUGCUAAGCAUCCCUUAGAAGAAAGUGGGGGAAGAAAUAAAAGUAGAAAAAAUUAUUUUAUUGACCGAGGAGGAGUAAAAUUUUUCUUUCAAUUAGACCAUGUCGAUUUAGAAAGGAGUUGGGGAUUAGAAAUUGGUUUAGAUGAUGAUGACCAAAUUCCUACUCAAUUUAAUUACUUAAUCGUAGAUAAAGUGCUACCCAUCCAAAACUCUGUUUCUCCAAAUUCAGAGGUUAAUAAACAUAUCAAGGAACUUCAUUUUUAUACUAAAAAAAUAAUGAAUAUCUCUAACAAUUUUUAG